AAAAUUGAUAGGUAAUUACUCUGUUCCAACUCGACAUGCCAAUAUCAUUUUCGUUCCCAGAAGUUGAUGAUGAUGCCAAGGAUGAAAGCUCAAAAGCCAUUCUCAAUGACAAUGUGAGGCCGGCCCUGAGGUCUUUGAGCUUCAAGGGUCGAGAUGCCAAUCCUUCCACGGUCAAAACUCUGCAGCCGGGCAAGUUAGUAGUCAAAGGAUCCCUGAGCUUCAACAACACAAGGCAGAUGCGCCCUUACCACUUUGAAACGAUGAUAUCGCUAGUGAAUCCUACCACCGAAGACGACAACUCGAAAAGUUCAAAUGAGCCUGCAGUUUCAAGGUUUACUGUUUUGAAGGACAGGCCGAAGCAUGAAGCUGCUGUGAAGUUGCAGAAAGUCUACAAAAGCUUUCGUACAAGAAGGCAGCUUGCAGAUUGUGCUGUCAUCGUAGAGCAGCAAUGGUGGAAAUUGAUAGACUUUGCACUGCUCAAGCUGAGUUCUGUGUCGUUUUUCGACAUUGAGAAAGAAGAAUCAGCUGUUUCUCGAUGGUCGAGAGCAAGAACCAGAGCUGCCAAGGUUGGCAAGGGGUUAUCAAAGGACCAAAAAGCUCAAAAACUUGCCUUGCAACAUUGGCUAGAAGCGAUUGAUCCUCGACAUCGCUAUGGUCACAAUCUCCAUUUCUACUAUGACUAUUGGCUCCACAGUGAAAGCAGGCAGCCCUACUUCUACUGGCUUGAUGUGGGAGAAGGAAAGGAGAUCAAUCUUGAAUCAAAGUGCACGAGAUUAAAGCUUCAGCAGCAGUGCAUAAAGUAUCUUGGACCCGUAAGCACUAUAAAUGCUUCUUCCAUGAAAUUUAUGCGGAAUGUAGCAUAUGAAACAAAAUCUUGUGAUACAUUUCAGAGAGAAAGAGAGGCCUAUCAAGUUGUAGUCAAGGAUGGGAAGUUCAUUUACAAGCUGAGCAGUGUACUUCUGCACACUUCUGAGGUUCCCAAAGAUUCAAAGUGGAUCUUUGUUUUAAGCACAUCAAAGAAUCUAUACGUUGGUCAGAAGAAAAGAGGCACAUUUCAGCAUUCUAGUUUUCUCGCUGGAGGAGCUACGUCUGCUGCAGGAAGAUUAGUAGUGGAGAAUGGGGUUCUUAAGGCCGUGUGGCCUCACAGUGGGCACUACCAACCCACAGAAGAGAAUUUCGAGGAGUUCAUGAGCUUUCUUCAAGAAAUCGGCAUCGAUCUAACUGACGUCAGGAGAAGUCCCACCGAUGGCGAUGAUUUGCCCUGGAGAGGUCACAGAAGCAGCUAUUCUGACAUAAACUUGCCUGAUGACAUCACCAUCGACCCUCAACCUGAAGAACAAUUGUCUCAUGCAUCUACUGGAGAGAUAAGCAACGAUGCAAGAACUGGCUUUUCGAAUGACGACCUGCAGCGCAAGGGAGUCCUCAGGGACACUGAAGAAGAAGCAGGCGAGGAGACAAAUAACCCGAGAGAGUCAAAGAGUAUCAGUUCGAACGAGACUUCUCUGACGCCGCACAACAAAAGGAGGAAGAAACAUCCAUACCGUCGGUGCUGAUCCUUCGAAGGAUCAACUCAAAGAAAGGGCUGACGUCGUGUCAGCUGGGGAAGCAGCUAUCUUUCAAGUGGGCAACCGGGACAGGGCCGCGGAUCGCCUGCGUGAGGGACUAUCCAUCCGAGCUUCCGUGCCGUGCUCUCGAACAAGUAAAUUUGUCGCCACGAACUGCUGCGACUUCUAGAUUUGCUUCUCCUCGGACUACAGCCAGCCAAAGCCCAAAGAUGUCAAACUGAGCGGUUGACUUCACAAGGCGAUAAAGCGUAUUCAUUUCCUAGGCAUCGUAGAGAAAUUGUUUAUUCAAACUGUAUCGACUUUUGAUGGAUCAUCAGAAGCCAAAAAACCAUACGUUUA